GAAGGUCGCUCGCUCGCUCGGCUCGUUUCGUCGCUCGAUGUUUCAUUCGAUCGCCAUUUUGUAGGAGAACUGUCUCAACUCGUGAUACUUUUGAUUCGAUACACGGCUAUAAUCGUUUCGAUUCAACUCAAUAUCUCUCUGAUUUUCGGCGGCAAACUGACUAUCAGUUUGAUAUCGAUUCAAUUAUGAAGAAAUGUUCUUCAGUGGUGUGGAGAUUUUUUGAGAGGCUUGAGGAAAACAAUAGAUGUGUUGCAGUGUUGUGUAAAUUAUGUGAAACUCAAUAUAAAUACUUUGGAAAUACGACGAAUCUUAGGGCUCACUUGAUAAACAAGCACCCUAUACAGUGGGAACUAUCGCACAAUGGAACAUUGGAUGAAUCCCAUUUCAAAAUAGAGGAUGAUGAUACAAAUCAAUCGUCGUCUACCCCUAAACGAAGGAAAUAUACGCCGAGGGCUCGCAAAGAUAAAAACGUACGUUAUUCAGUAUCAGUUAAUAAAGAAGAUUCAGCCGGAUCGAGUGCUAUGCCUAAAAUUGAAAUACAACGGGUUGAUGUGUUAGAAAACACAGAUUCAGACAUAGAACGGGAAGAAGGUAAUGAGGCAACAAUAAACUUGGUCAGACAAAUGCAUGCCGGGAACACAGACGAGGAAUGGUUGGAGGAGGAUCCAUACCAGAUCACACACAUUGAGACUUAUGAACCGAAAAGAAAGAAAAUGAAGUACAGGAAAAUAAAACGUGAAGUCGCCUCACCAACCGGGCUACCAGGCUUCUACGUUGCACCCAAAGCAGAGAAGACAGUUAUAUAUGAAGACACACAGAAAAAGGAUGAAUACUCUGUAUUUGGAGAGUAUGUAGCGAAUAAACUGAGAAAGUUUAAAACUCCUCGGACUAGGGGGAACUUACAGCAAUUGAUCACAACUAUUUUAUGGCAAGCCGAGUAUGGGUUGUAUGAUAAUGCGGAUGCUGUGAAGAGGGUACUGAUGUACUCAAUUCAGGCUCCGGAGCCUGAGCCCGCAGCUACGGUAGACUUUGAGACUCAAAUACAAGUACAAGAAGAAGUUGUUGAACAUAGAGAAGACCCUAUCCAAAGUAAUGAGGUGGAUACGGAAGUAUAGUAAUGGUAUAUUUUAUUUAGGUUAAUUUAAUGGUUACAGAAUAUUAUUAUUGUAAUAAAGCUUCCUUCCAAAUUCCAGUUUUAUAUUCAUUGAUAUGUAGUACAUAGAGUAUAAUACCCGGCUCAAAUGAUGGUUUAAUUUUGUUGUGGUUGUGAAAAGUUCACACAUUUCUUUUUUUAUAUUUGUUAACUUACCUUUCUGUGUUGUAUGUUUAAAAUGAAAUGAUGCACUAACAAUAAAAUAAGUUUCAAUCCUGGGAAAAUACUCAAUGUGUGGAUUUACCCCCCACCACAACUAAAUCUGGCCUUUGUUCUUGCUAGAAAUUAUACUCAAUAUUGCUUCCGGGAUUAUACAUGGACUGUAUAAUACUAAAAGAACUUUAAAUGAAUUAUUAUAAAAUUAUUUUAUAAACUA